CACCAUGAGCGCGAGCGUCAAGGCCAAGGAGAAGGAACACCCGGAAUACUACGAGAAGGGCUUCUUCCGGUACGAUGUGCUACCGCAAAACAGCUUUUCCGCGCGUGGCUUGGACGCGCCAAAGUUUGGAGAUCGCGUGCGCGAGGUGCGCGGGAGCCCCAGCCUGAUCCGCGCGCUGGCGUGGAACUGCGACGGUCGCAAGGUGGCGUCGGGGUCCGAGUUUGGCGGACUGAGGAUACACGACGUCGUGCCGGUGCCACGGGCUGCAGACGGCACGCCGACGCCGCAUGCCGUCGAAGUGCGCGACAGGCCGGUCCUGUUACCAUCGAUGGGCAAGUCGCCGCACCACGGUCAUGUCGCCACACUCGCCUGGUCGCCAAAGGACCCGCGCAUCCUCGUCUCGGGGUGCAAGAGCACGAGCGGCGGCGUCGUGUGCGUGUGGGACAUUGGCACGCCUUCGGCUCCCGUCGCGACGUUCAAGAUCUUGGGCGACGUGCUGCACGUCGCGUUCCACCCAUCUGGACGGCAGUUUGCGGCUGUCUGCCCUCGCUCCACGCGCGACGAGGUCUUCUUCUAUUGGCUUGUUGAGCGAGACGGCAGCGAGAAGUGGGAGCAGCGGAUCGACAUUGUCAUGGGCGGCGCGGGGAUCGACAUUGGCGUCGAGGAGGUCAAUGCACUGAGGUUUUGGCCUGGCGGUGACGCAGUCUUGGCUGUGUCAAACGACGGGUCGCUCAACUCGUGGAAGUAUCCCGUGGAGGAGCGGCCUCCGCUCGUGGACGAGCGUCCGAAGAAGAGAAGCCGUGUGGCGUCGCCUGUGACGAGACAGCCGUCACCGGAUACGCCAGAUCCCGAGGCCAAGGCGGAGCGCGCGACACCGGAGGACGACCGCGAGGGCGAGGGCGAGGGCGAGGGCGAGGGCGAGGAUGGAAGAGCGACCCCAGCGCCUGCCGAUGCGCCACAGGAGGCAGAGGGUGACGCUGCGGUGGACCCCGAGGCAGCAGAAGAGACCGAGGCAAAGGGGGAGCCCACGGGUGACGCCGACGAGGCAAAGGCCGACUCCGCCGACUCCGCCGACACCGACGGCGACGUCAAGAUGGGCUCAGCGUCGCCCACCAAGGCGAACGGCACGGCGCCGCCAACACCAGCCGACACGCCCGCCCCGACAGCCCCGCCGACCGCCGCACCGAGCAGACAGCCGACACCGGCGCCCGCGACCCCCGCGACCCCCGCGGCAGACGACAAAGCCGUGGCGGACGAAAAGGCCGCCAAGGAGGCGGCGGCCAAGGCCGCUGCGGCUGCCGAGCUCGAGCGCCGCAAGCACCGCCAGCUGGACAAGGGCUUCCGGCAGGUGAUCCACGUGUCGAGUUUGCUGGCGUUGGCGGUGGACCCGUUGGGCCGCUUUUUUGCCCUCGGAGGCAACGACGCCCGCGUCAGCCUCAUCGACACGGUCGACUGGAUCGUGCAGCGCACCUUUGACGAGCCGGUCGGCGCGAUCAGACAGGCGGCGUUCUCGCCCGACGGCGAGUUCCUGGCCGUGGGCGGCGACGACCCGAACAUCUACGUGCUGUCCGUGUUUGCGCGGACCGUCGUCAAGAAGAUUCCCGUCACGCCGACUGUCAACGCGCUUGCAUGGCACCCGACGCGCAACGUGCUGGCGUGGAGCACCAACCACAAGCCCGGCACGACGUGGUACUAUCUGAGCCAGGAGUAGCGUCGGAGCAUGCGUCCCAUUUGUAGUACUACAGUGAUACAACCAUUCUAGAG